AUGAAAAUUUGUGAACGUAACAAUAAUAUUGAUGGCUUUAUUUGGAGAUGUCGUGAAACAAUUUGCGAAAGGAAACAAAAAAAGAACACACGCGACUUUGAGGUUUCCUUGAGGAAGGACAAAUUUUUUAAAAAAUCCCAUUUGCCCAUGAUAAAAAUUAUUAGUUUUUCUUAUUUGUGGCUAAAAAGCGUAACCCAAGAGUUUAUUAUGGACGAAAUAAAUAUAACUCGUGACAUCGCGGUUGAUUGGUCGAGUUUUUGUCGGGAAGUCGUCCAUAAUGGAAUGGUUGUUCACAAAAUUAAAAUUGGUGGACAAGGCAUAACCGUCGAAAUAGACGAGAGCAAAUUUGGGAAGCGGAAAUAUCAUCGUGGGCAUGCUGUAGAAGGACAGUGGGUGUUCGGAGGUGUGGAGAGAGAGACAGGUCGGUGUUUUUUAGUCCCCAUGGAAAGACGCGACAAAGAUACCCUUUUAAAAAUCAUAAAGUAUUGGACAUUACCAGGCACUACAAUAGUAUCCGAUUUUUGUUAAAGUGAAAGUUAAAUUGUGAAAGCAUACGAUUGUCUUGAGAACGAAGGCUAUGUCCAUUUUAAGGUAAACCAUUCGAUAAAUUUUAAAGACCCUGAAACAGGCCAACACACCAACACAAUUGAAGGGCUGUGGCGGCAUGUUAAACACUCAAUGCCGCAAUAUCAUCGAAAAAAAACAUUUUUUUAUGGUUACUUUUUAAAAUUUAUGUUUUUAAAAUAUAUUAAAUCGAAUAAGCUCGACCCCAUGGUCGAGUUUUUUAAACUAGCGGGUUUAUUAUACAACCCGUGUAAUGUAAUUGGGCCUGUCGAAGAUAACGACGACUCCGAUUAUGAAAUAACUUUAGAUUAA